CCGGAGGUUUCCCCGACAUUCUCCGCGACGGUGUAUCCUGGAAUGCCCAAAGCCUGAGAGUUUCUACAAAGCGUGCUGUCAAAAUUGCUAUCGCAUCGCGUGAUGGUGCAACUGGAUCUUGCAAUUGCAAGGAGUCCUGUUCUCACAUCUGGCCAAGAAUGAAGUCCCUCAAGAUUCCGUUAACGGUGAGUCAGGCAAAGGCCAUUGUCUGGCUCAUCUUGGGGACGGUUUGGUGCCUCUAUGUUACAUCGACCAUCUACUCGUAUGCCCAUCAAGGAACGGUGAUCAGCACGUAUUACGAUACAGAGACAGGGGCUUUCCAUCUCCCUCCCAUUGUCAUCUUCGUCCAAGGAAAUUCGCCAACAGCUCCGAACAUUGGUUUCAAUUGGGUCGGCGAUACAACCAAUUACGCGACGACUGUUUCCGUAUCUCCCGGAGGGUCAACAGAUCCUUUGAAGUCUGUGUUUGAAGUUAGCACUCUGAUCAAACCGUGCACUCGGGCGCCAACUAUCAACUGUACGUUUGUGCAAUUGGAUCCUACAGACAUCACCCUCUCCAUUCAAGCAUCCAUUUUUGGUAAUGACAGUGGGCCAAUUGCGGAAUCUUUGGGGGACGACCUGACAAGUGUUACACUCAGGAUCUCGAUACAUUGACCCGCGAUUCAGCGAAAAUGUUCAAUAUCCAAGUUCUGAUCCGGAAGAUCUGUUGAAUAUUCCCCGAUUAGCGAAGCGCCCCAACAUUCUUCAAACGUCAGCUGGGGGCGUGGGAAAUGUGCAGAACUUGCAGUUGACAAUGGUUCAAUAUACUGAAUAUCCGGGACCCUGGGCAAGCUUUUGGCCUGAUUUCAUUUCGAAGAGGAUUCAGGAACCGCGAACGGAAUA